GAGUCACGUUAGACCUCAUUUUCUAUUCUUGUAUACAAUAAAAUAUAUUGGACUAAAAUACAAAAAGUAUGCUAUAUUUUUAUAUCGAUUUAAGCUAGAUCUAAAUGGAUUUAGGGCACGUUUUUAAACGUGAAUGAUUUGAAAGUAAAUAAUCGAAUGUAAUACAGUCGGUUAUAUUGAUUAAAAAAGAACAAAAACAACAUGUUACAGAAUAUUGGAUGUACAUGGAAUCAAAUAAGGCCUAUUAUAGGGAAACUAAAUCGAGUGAACCAGUUCUUGCUUGAUGUACAUAAAGAAGAAAUAUGUGUAAGCCGGGCUCGUUCUUACGCAGAAAUGUGUGAUAUAGGAACAGCGGUAAAUAAAAUGGUUACUUCAAUUGUUCGUAAAGCGUUCGGAAACGACCAGCUGUUCAACAUUCCAAGAAAACAGCUUUCAAGACACGUCCAGGGAGUGGGCAGCUUCUUUGAACAGACUAAAAUUGUAGACCUGGACGAGUUUGAUUAUACUAUUUUAUUACCAUAUUUUAACGAGAGUAAUAUUAGAGCUGUGAAGCAUUUACAUACACCUUACUUUGUGUGUAAGCACGGAGUCCCGAAACACACCUCCGCGUUUGUCGAACUUGAGUAUAUUGGAAGAGAUAAAGAGAUUCUAACUGAGAAAGAACUGCUCACUACAAUUGAAUCAAAGAAGUACAUAAUAGCUUGCGGCCUUCAUUCUCUAGCAAGAGAAAUGAUUGAUAAAUGUUUAUCAAAUGAGGAACAUAAAGUGUCACCGAUUGUCCGAGAUACUGGAACAUUGAAGAUAAACAAGACUGACUUUGGAAACAAGUUGCUUGCAAAUGGACCAGCUUUAAAAUUGUGUUUAAAAUGGCUGCAAAAGCAAGGCAACAGAGAUCUUAAUAUUACUGUGGAUUUAGUUCCAGCUAUUAGGUUGAAUCCGACGCCAGAUAUUUUUGAUAACAUAACUGCUCCUGUGUUUAUGAGAAAUGAAAUAGAACAUUACGGGGGCUGUUGCCUUAUCCCCAAAAACAAACCACAAUUGUCUGUUGACUUUUUGAUUUCAUUCAGUCAAAUCGAAUCAGCGAUAAUAAUAAAGCUUAAACAAGAAAACUCACCCUGGUUUUUCUGUUAUAUAAUAUUGAAAUUCAUCUUCUGGAACGACACAAAGUUGACACAAUUUCCAUCAGCUCAUUUAUUUUCUAGCUAUGUCCUGAAAUCCCUUCUUUUGCAAGAAGCGUUUUCAUGUAAAGAAAGGGACAUCACUCUUGUGGAAUGUUUACUAAGGAUGCUGGAUACUCUUCAAAGGUACACUGAUACGUCAGAUGUUGGACUUAUGGAUCAUAUUCAAGUGAGGUCGGUUUGGUUUAUGGACAGUGUAAUCGGAUGUAGAAGUGUAAACGAGCGUUUUGAAAAAGGGGAACUCGUAAUCAUUCAUGAUGUUCUUGAACAAAUCAAAAACAUGCUAAUUAAUAUUGACAGAGAUUGUGAUUAUGAAUACGCACGUUAUAAAAUGGUAUUUUUAGAUAUUGUCCAGUCUUUGAGCAAAGAAUUAUAUCAUUUGAAUCAGGAGAGAAAGUCAAAAUAUUCACAAACGUAG